AUGCUCAGCAGAUCUGAGUUCCAGGCUCUGUUAGACAGCGAAGGAGUGCUGAUCGUGGACGGCGCUCUUGCUACCGAACUUGAAACACGUGGCCAUGAUUUGAACCAUCCUCUAUGGUCUGCAAAGCUGUUGAAAGAGAACCCUGCAAGCGUUCAAGAUGUACACUUGGACUAUUUCAAAGCUGGUGCCAACAUCGCCAUUACUGCCUCCUAUCAGGCUGGGCUUGAGGGACUUACAACACAUUUCGGCAUAGAGGAGCCAGAGGCACGACUUCUGAUCAAGCGCAGCGUGGAAGCUGCUAAAGCCGCGCGCGAUGCUUUCUCCACAUCUCCUGAUGGGUCUGGAAAGACGCUCCUGGUCGCUGGUAGUGUUGGCCCGUACGGCGCUUUCCUUGCCGAUGGCUCUGAGUACACGGGUGAUUACAAAAAGACAGUCGACGAGUUCAAGCGUUUUCAUCGCUCCAGGAUUGCGGUCCUUAUCGAAGCUGGAGUUGACUUGCUGGCCGUGGAGACUAUGCCGAAUCUCAGCGAGAUAAAGGCCCUGCUGGAACUUCUCCAGACUGAGUUCCCACAAGCAAUCGCUUGGCUGGCUUGUAGCAUGAAGGACGCAGCUCACCUCUGCGAUGGCACAUCGUGGCAAAGCGUUCUGGACCUUGUAAAUGAGCACCGGUCUCCUCUAGUCAGCUUUGGAAUCAAUUGUGUACAACCCCACGAGACCGCAGAUGCUCUAGAUCACAUCAGACGCUACACCGACCUUCCUCUGAUAUGCUAUCCAAACAGCGGAGAAAUCUGGGAGUCUGCCACCCAUACCUGGCAUGGAUCGCAACAGCGCACACUGCUUGACGAUCAUUCUAGCAAAAGUGAAGCCGCGUCCCAGCUCGCGGCCGAGUUCGAUACCUGGACCAAAGCUGGCGCACGCCUGGUCGGAGGUUGCUGUCGAACUGGUCCAGCUUUCAUUGCAGCCAUCCACGCUCAUCUCAAGACAUGA